AUGGCUCACUUGAGAGAAUUUGCCAGCCAGCACUCCAGGGUGGAUCCCGAGGAGCUGUUCACCAAGCUGGAGCGCAUCGGCAAGGGCUCCUUCGGGGAGGUGUACAAAGGCAUCGACAACCGCAGCAAGGAGGUGGUCGCCAUCAAGAUCAUCGACCUGGAGGAGGCUGAGGAUGAGAUCGAGGACAUUCAGCAGGCGAUAACAGUCCUCAGCCAGAAAAAAAAACCGGCUCUUCCCUGAUGGUAGGGCCGAUAUUUGCAGGGCACCAAGCUGUGGAUCAUCAUGGAGUACCUAGGAGGAGGUUCAGCCCUGGAUUUGCUGAAGCCAGGACCCCUGGAGGAGACUUACAUAGCUACUAUCCUGAGAGAAAUCCUGAAAGGGUUGGAUUAUCUACACUCUGAGAGGAAGAUCCACAGGGACAUCAAAG